UCCGCUCUUCCGCGCAUGAGCAGUGCUGCUCCGAGCCCGCCAGCCACGGUCUCGGGCGCCAGCUACGCCGCUGCCGCUGUCACUAUGGCCCAUUACAAAGCCGCCGACUCGAAACGCGAGCAGUUCCGGAGGUACUUGGAGAAGUCGGGGGUGCUGGACACGCUGACCAAGGUAUUGGUAGCCUUAUAUGAAGAACCUGAGAAACCUAAUAGUGCUUUGGAUUUUUUAAAGCAUCACUUAGGAGCUGCUACCCCAGAAAACCCAGAAAUAGAGCUGCUUCGCCUAGAAUUGGCAGAAAUGAAAGAGAAAUAUGAAGCUAUUGUAGAAGAAAAUAAAAAACUGAAAACAAAGCUUGCUCAGUAUGAACCACCUCAGGAGGAGAAGCGUGCUGAAUAGGAUUCUUCUCAGUUGAAAAGACCCUGAAAAAUGGUUUUGUAUGACUUGAAUAGUUUGUAUAGUCUAUAAUCUUUUCUGAACAGAUGCUAUAGCACUCUUUUAAUAUGUUAAAUUCACCUAUCACACUUUAACUGUUAUAAACACAUAUACUUAGAAUCACCAAUAAAAACUCAAUAUAACUUUCUUUGGGUCUUAAAAGCAGGAGAAUCAAAAGUGAAUCCUGGAAAAACAAAAAACAAAAACAGAACAGAGCCAUCUAAUUCAUUACCUUAAAAGACAUUCUGUUUAUUAGUCUGACUAGGAAUGAUGGUACUGGUUGUACUUUAGCCAAGGAAGUUUAGCAUGGAGCAGUUCCUUGGUUUAGCUCAGGAUAUGAGCACAGGUACGGUCAUUCUUUAAAACGAAGAUGCCGCUGUUGUUUAUCUUCUCCAUAGGCAGCUGGAGAGAUCUGUGUGACAUUGAUGCUGUUGCAUGGGGUCUCAUGAAUCUUCUGCUCUAGUUUAUAGUAUGUGGAACAAAUGACUCUUCUUUGCCACCACUUUGCCUUAGAUAACUGUGUGUGUGCCAGUGUGGACUCUGACACCACCUUUCCUUCUAUGCAAUCAUGCCCUAUCUGAUAAUGUUGCCUUGCUUUGCUGUGUGCUUCAGCGGGUCCCAGUUGCACCUUGGCCUUUCUGUGUUGUUCAAUUUGCUGUCAUAGCAGUUACCCUGAUUGUAAUUUAUAUAACUUUAAAAGAGGAUCACACUGUUCCCCUGCCUUACUUAGUUGCUUAGUUGAACACAGAACAGAGGCAAUAUAAAAUUCUGAGUUCAUGCACAAGCUGGGAUGAGAAGGGGAAUGAGCCAUAUAAUGUGGAAAAUUAUAGUUUGUGGGUAUAAUUAUAUAGUGCUUUUUUCCCUCAAAGUAUUUUUCUAGCCUUGAAUUCAUUUUAUCUUCAUUAUCCCUGUGAAGUAGGUAGGCAAGUAUGAGGGGAGGUUGGGUGCUGAGUUUUUAGGCCAAAGACUGAUAUGAAUACAAAUUAUUUGCUAACUGUAGAACCUUGGGCCCAUCAGUUAAUUGCUCUGAGAUUCACUUUCCUCAUCUGUUAAAUAAGAAUAAUAUCUGUGCUGCCUACCUCACAGGGUUGUUGUGAGGGUCAAAUGGAAUGUAUGUGUAAGAUUUGUAAAUGGUAAAGCACUAUAUUCUUA